AUGGGAUCGGCUGUGACCCGAGCUAGUUCGGCUAAAGUUCGGCCGGUGCAACGAGCUGUGAUGCUCGAACAAGGCCGCACAACAACAAGCCUUGACGCUGACUUGAGCUGUGCUAGAAAAUCGUUAACACCGAGUUCGAGCACGGGGUCAUGGCAUAUGCCCAAACGUACCAACUCGCUGGCAUCCGAGGAUAGAUCCAUAUCUGCAGCCAUCAGUCGAGUGAGCCAGAAGAAUAUAGAGGUAACUGCGAUUCCAAAUGGUGUGCCACCGCCUGAAGGGUACAAAAAGAAUGAGCUCAACAAUAACCAUAUACCGUUGAAAAAGCCGAUCGGAACUCCACCUUCUAAUCUUUCCAAGGCCAAAAGCGAAGGAAGUUUGAACGAAGAGGUUGAGAACAGCCCGCCUGCCAACAACGACGAUAUGCCAAUCAAGCCAGCAAAGGGAGGACAAUACUUUGAUGAACUGACGCACUCCGACGGAUACGGUGCUUUGGUAAAGAAAAGUGUAAGUCAUCACAGUCUCCCGGUCAACGCUACAAAUCAUGCUCCUCUAAAAAAUUCGAAGUCCAUCCCAGUCAAGAAGAAUCAUGUAAAUGGAAAGAUUGUGCCAUCAGCAUCUCACAAAAAUUUAUCAAAUGGUCAUGCGAAUGGGAAACUACCCAAAGCAGCACAACCUACCACUCCGGGUAGAGGAGCUGCAAACGGCAUUCCUUCCGGACAGAAAACUGUACAGAGUGCGCUAAAGAAGAUCGAAAGCGAAGAGUGGAGCGACAAAGUCGAUGGCAUCAACCUCAUUAGCGAAUUGUCUGCCUCAAAUCCAAAAGAAGUAGCAGAUCAUAUGCACGAGGUGGUAGUUGCUGUGCUUAAUGAGUGCAAAAAUCUGCGCUCAUGUGUAUCGCGGGUUGCAUUGGUAUGUGCUGGUACUUUAACGCAGAAUAUGAAGUCGAAGAUGGACACGGAGCUGGACAAGCUCUGUCAUACCCUAAUCUACCGGGCUGGCGACGUUUCAAAUGCCUUCAUUCGUGAGGAUGCGAACGAAGCAUUGGAAAAGGUUGUGAAGCAUGCAUCAGCUGGAAAGGCCCUUCAUUCGAUUAUUACUGCUGGAUCAAAAUCCAAGAACAAUACCAUUCGAGCAUCUUGCGCAGGGUUUGUUGGCACUUUGGUAUCACGAAUGGGAGUGUCGCUUUUACUUAACACCCCUGACCAACUAUCAAAAAUUGUCCCUCACCUGAUUGCUUUCUGCAAAGAUGCGAAUCCACAAGUGCGAAUGCAUGGGAAACAAACACUAUUGAGCUUGAGUCAGGAUCCUGACUUCGAAAAGCAGUUGAAGAAAAGUAUUAGCGAUUCAGAGUUGAAAGCAGUGAAAGAGAUUCUAGCCGAUAUUGGUAAAAAGGGCGGCAUCGAUUCUUUGGACAGCACGAGUACCUCUUUGGGUGCAUCGCUAUCACGCAGUGGAAGUAUACGAAAAGCUGUGCAGCGAAAAUUACCCGACAAUGUUCAGUUAGAUCUCGAUGAGAUCAAAGCUGAUCUUACUGCGGCAGGGUGGGAAAGACGUAUUGGUGGACUUAAGCGGUUCCUAGAAAUGACUAUAACAGCUCCAAAAGCCAUUGCUAGUGAUACUAAGCUCAUGGAAGCCUUCAUUGGUCGACUGAAUGACAUCAACAGCAAAGUUUCCUUAGAAGGACUCGAUACCUACUUAGCAUCGCUGGGUAUUCUCAGCAAAAUGUACUCGGCUGAGUCUCAUCUCAAAGCUGUAUUGAAUCAACUGGUGCUUGCUCUGAUGUCCCAUUUAUCCAGUAAAAGUGAAGAGCAUCGUACUACGGCUCAAAAAUGUCUGCGCGAUACAGUUGUACAAAUCGAUCCUGCUAGUCUUUCACCAGCCAUGGCCGCUGCCACUCGCAAAGCGAAUAUAAAACAAAAGCCGUACAUGCUCAGCAUGUUCAACCGGUUGAACUUCAAACUUUACCCAGCCAAACCCAAACAAGUGGAGGUAGUAGCUUUGCCGAUACUUUGGGAUAGUUUGAAAUCUGGAGUAGCGGACCUCGAAAUGAAGAAGGCAGUGACCGAAUUCGCUAAAGGACUCACCCAAUUGAUGGGUGAGCGUGCCCUACUUGAUCAGGCUUCGAUGGAGCUGGAUCCAUCACGGAAGAAGUUACUUGAAUCACUGAUACGAUAG